AUGCAGGCCUCACCCGUGAGACAAGAUCAUCCCCAUCACAUCCCUCCAGUCAUCCCUCACCCUCACCACCAUCUUCGCACUAAUCAUCCCGCUCCGGACCACCCGCUCCCAUCUCCGUAUCACCCCUCCCACCCCUUCCGAACCCCUUCAUCUGAACCAGACGCCCCACGUCACCAACCUCACGCUUACACUUACCCUCCCUCCUCAUUCUCCGCAGAAAUCGCAUCGCAACCACCGCAACUCGCAGUCGCCGACGGCGGCAUCGCAAAACCCAAGAAACUGCAUAGAGAGGUCGAACAGAAGCGUCGAAUGCGCAUGACCCAACAGAUCGCCCAGCUUCGUCAAUGGGUCUCAAACCCAAACGGUGGCAGAACUGACAAGGUCUCCGUCCUGCAAGAUACCGUCGCGUAUGUCAAAGACGCAGCCACCAAGAUUCAAGACCUGCAAACAGCACUGCAUCAUUCCAAAGCAGAAUGCGAUCAUCUACGCUCACUUUUGAACAACUCCAGCUCACUAGUACCAAUGUCAAAAACUCCCUCGCGCCUCGGUACAUCCCAAAGCGAUGUCGCGUCCGUUCCCCACCCUAGUGUUGACGCAUCACGUCACCCACCCGGCUCUUUGCUUCAAAAUGUAGUUGGUCAAGCCCCGGUUCAAACGGCAGUCCCCACUCCCUUUUCAUCAAGUCGUCUCCCUCUCGCUCCGAACUCCUCCCACUCCCAACCACCAACUCAAAGACCGGCGGCAGGGCAUUCCAAUUUUGCCGGCGUCGACUCAGGUCCCCCAGUGUCCAUGAGGCAGAAGGGACAUCCCAAUAGGCGAAACUCUCAGGAAGGCCCAAACCCUGACGGCUUCCCAGACAGUGCAGGGAACAUCGCGUUGCAAAGCCUUCCGCUUCCGCGACUACAAAACCAGCGGGGGAUGUACGCGGAUCAUCGGUACGGAACGAUGCAUGCGGCGAGCACGGCGAUGGCUGCUCCUACGCACAGUAGCCCACCACGACGAGACGAAAGGGGGAUGCAAAGGUUGUAUGAGCAAAGGCGACUUCCGUUACCAGAUGCAAAGCAUGAGAAAGGUACAAGUGAGAAGCACAGACCUGAAAGGUAAGGGGUUACGGGAUUGAGUGAGGGAUCGGGACAUAUGUGAGCGACAGGAGCCAGGCAUUCCGCAACCUGCACUGGUGUCGAAGAUUUGUUACCCUAGUUGUAGGUUUGGCGCAAAAGCUGUUCAAGGUAGUGUUGAGCGGGGACGAAGAUAGAUGGGCAGAAGGGUGGUUCGGUAUAUUUUGUGUUUAAGCAGCAGUGAGACAUGUAUCAUUAGAUGUAUCAUUAGGGCGAAGUGUCUUUGACACCUGACAACACAAACGCACAAAAAACAGAGGGAACGAGGCUACGCGUUGUAUUGUUCCA